AUGGAUAACUUCUUUCAAGCUGCGGUAAACAUUCCGCCCAACACAUGCAUUUGGCUUGGUCUAAUAUGCGCACUGUCGCUAGCUACCAGCAACCAGCUUAUACCACAAGCAAAGUUGGUUUUCGUUCGAAACAAGAUGUGGGACGAGCCUUGGCGAAUUAUAACGCUGUUUGUUUAUUUUGGCAACACCCUGUGGAAUCUAGUGCAGAUGGUCAUUCUGAUAUCACGAUACCUGUCGUUGUUUGAGACAAACUACAUGCUCCAUCCGAGCGUGAUACCCAAACCACUUUCGGCCAGGCUCGAUACACAGCUGCGGGAAAACUUGCGGAAGGCAAUGCAUUCGCUUCACUACUUUGACUACAGUUACUUUGUCGUUAUUCUUCUGGCUGCCCUAUUUGCAGCUGUAUGCGUGGUGGAAAAAACCUUGCCUGUGCAAAUUUUCAUAUUGGGACCCAUGUUGAACCGGUGUAUCAUCUACAUCUAUUGCCGAAUGUAUCCCAACGAGAACUUUUUCUAUUUUGGCUUCCCAAUGCGGGCACGUUACAGCCCAUGGAUAUCAGCCAUGUUCGAUUUACUCAUGGCCUCAGACUACGAUACAUGGCUCAAAUUCCGGUACGGAGGUUUUUACGUUGCCGCUACACUGUUCCUAACUUCGGAAUACUUUUGCUCCACCGCCAUUUCCUUCAUUGUUGGUCACAUAUUGUGGUUCCUCCAGUAUUUCCUCAUGCGCGACGUUUACGGUGCUUGGGUAUCACAAUUUGACAAGUAUACCCACAAUUCUUCGGUUAUAAAAACUUGCAUAGACGAUUCUCCGAGAGUGUUGUUGCAGCUUCUUUUCACCCCACCAUGGUACUACUACGUGAUGUUUCAGAUUUUGAGGGACCAGAGACAAAGACAGCGAACCGAGCAGGUCUCGAAUACCGAUAAUGGAGCACAGUGA